AAGUAGAGGAACUUGAGUACAAAAUAAUAUUAUUUUUAUCUAAAUAUCAUUCGUGAUCAUAAAGGAACUAUUCUAAAUCUUUUUUUAAAUCGUGAAGGUUAUUCUAAAAAAUUUAAUGGCUAAAUACACCUUACGAAGAAUAAUCAAGCGAUACUGGGCUGUAACUUUCUUUCCUGCAUUUGCUGCAAUUACAAUUUAUGCAGAUUGGAAUCAUACCAGGCAGUGGAAGAAAAAAUUGGCUGAACAGGGGAAGCUGUACAUAAAUAAUUAAAAUGACAAAUCUUGUAAAAACAUACGCCCAAUUCAUUGGCGCACUAGUAGUUGGAUAUUCAGUUGGAUGGUAUUUUGAUAGAAUGGAAACCCUGAGAUUAACAGGUUAUCGAGAUAAAUCAGCAUUAUUUGGGAGGCAAUUGAAACCUGGUGAACCCCCAUC